AUGCUCAGUCCUCUACUCCUUCUUAUUCCCCUGCUGGCUACCCAGGUGGCCGCAGAGUUCUCCGAACUCCAGAGCCUCAGCCUCAUCAAGCGUCAGGACAACUCCGCCUUUGUCCCCAGCUCCACCCCCGUCUCCGAGUGCCCAUCAGGGUCCGUCGAAUGCGGCCGCAGUGGAAUUUGCUACUACCCGUCCAGAGGCGACGUCUGCUGCCCUGGCAAAACCUACGCCUGUCCCGGCACUUCGUUCUGUCUGCAAGAUCCCUACUGCUGCCCAGAGGGCCUUGACCGCAAAACCUGCGCCGAUCGCUACGGCGUCAGUCUCCAGCCAACCUUCAGUUUCGCCCCCAGCCAGCCCACUUACGUCCCUAGUUCCGGUGGAAGCGCGAGCACCAAGUCUGGUAACACUGGUAGCACCGACAGCACCGGUAGCACCGGGUACAGUGGCUAUGGUGGCUAUAGCGACAACAGCGGCCACAGUGGCUAUGCGGAUUCCUCGGCCCCUGCGGCCUACAAGCCGUCUACCUCAACCACAGUGCCGUCCACGUCCACGUCUCAGACGGCGACUACGAAGCCUUCUGCGAGCUCGGGUCCUACCCUGCUGUUCUCGAGUGGGGUCACACGUAAGGAGAUGGCGGGUGCUGCGAUGGUGGUGGGUGCACUGGGCCUGAUGGCCAAUUUGAUCUAG